UAUGUCAGUCACUUAAUGAGUAGGUCGGCCUAUGACUCUACUUCCGGGGGGUGAAGGGAAAUGUGUGGCUUGUACUUCUAUACUUACUUCCUUUGUGUAAUGUGGCGCAGGUGAACCAGCACAUGUUCAGUAGUGCAUCGACUGCGUAGCUUCCUUCUGAAAAAGUGUUUUGAUUCUACAGAUAAUAUAAGCAUAUCCAAAAAGUUUUGUCUUCUCUUUUGGAGGCCUGAGCCACUAUGGGAAUUAUUGUAGAUGAGAGAGAGACAGAAGGUGCCCCGGAUGGCGGCUGGGGCUGGAUUGUUCUGCUGGGAGGUUUUGUCAUCACUGGCUUCUCGUAUGCCUUCCCAAAAGCUAUAAGUGUUUAUUUCAAAGAACUUAUGCAAGAAUUUAAGUGUGGAUACAGUGACACUGCCUGGAUUUCUUCUAUAAUAUUAGCAAUGCUCUAUGGUUCAGGUCCAGUCUGUAGCAUUAUGGUUAAUACAUUUGGAUGCCGGCCAGUCAUGUUGGUUGGAGGAUUACUGGCGUCAGGAGGGAUGAUAAGUGCAUCUUUCACUAAUAACAUUAUACAGCUUUACCUCACUGCAGGUGUCAUCACAGGUUUUGGACUGGCUUUGAACUUCCAACCAUCACUGAUUAUGCUGGGGUCUUAUUUUGACAAACGCAGACCACUUGCCAAUGGACUGGCGGCAGCUGGAAGUCCUGUAUUUCUGGCAGUUCUUUCUCCAUUAGGACAAAUGCUGCUCAACCAAUAUGGAUGGAGAGGAGGCUUUCUCAUUACUGGCGGUCUUCUGCUCAACUGUUGCACCUGUGCAGCUGUAAUGAGACCCCUGAAACGUAAAGAAAGGAAAGCGAUAGCCUGUUCCCAAGAGCUCAAGGAAAUGCUGCCUCCUGAGGCUGGACAAGAGAAUAUCAUUUGUGAAAACAAUAUUGAUAAAAAGCCCACUAAAAAGAAGCUUUUGGACUUCAGUGUACUUUGUAACAGAGGGCUUAUUAUUUAUAUCAUUGCAAAAUUUAUAGUUGUCCUUGGCCUAUUUGUUCCAACUAUUCUCUUAGUCAACUACGCUAAGGACCAAGGAGUGCCUGCGCAUGAUGCUGCCUUUUUGUUGUCUAUUAUAGGAUUUGUUGACAUCUUUGCUCGUCCCACAUGUGGCAUAUUGGCUGGUUUAAAUUGGAUUCGACCCAAGAUGUCUUAUUUCUUCAGCCUGGCCUUGAUCUUCAAUGGCCUAACAGAUGUUUGUUCAGCUACAAGCACAGACUACAAGGGACUAGUUAUCUUUUGCGUGUUCUUUGGGCUGUCUUAUGGCAUGGUGGGUGCACUACAAUUUGAAGUUCUGAUGGGUAUUGUGGGAACAAGCAGUUUUUCCAGUGCACUUGGCCUAGUGCUUCUCUUUGAGGCAUUGGCUGUGCUGAUCGGACCACCCUCUGCUGGUUAUUUGGUGGACAAGUACAAGAACUAUGAACUGAUUUUUUACAUGGCUGGAGGAGAGCUGAUCACCGCUGGAAUAUUUCUUGCCCUUGCAUCAUUCUGUUUUAUUAACCAAAAGAAACACAAAGACUCACAGCAGAAACAUCAUGCUGAUGUGGUAAUCAAUCCUAAAAGAUAAACAGUGGAGAGAGCUGAAGAGAGGGACAUUCAUGUUCAAUUAAUUUUGUUUAGUUAUGUGUGUUAUUAAAAUGAGUGUUUUGUAUUGUGUGUGAGUGUGUUCAGGUUUUCCUAAUUACUAACUCUUAUGUAUAAAUUACACAAAAUAAUUCAACAAUCAGAAAACCCAUUUUGUGGGUCAAUGAGAAAUCAGGAAGAUAAUAAAAAGGAGAAAUCUUGUGCCA